AUCAAAAGACAAUCUAACGUUGAUUCAACGAGUCAGAAGCGACACCGUAUUUUUCCUGAAGAACGCAAGAAUAUGGCGGGAAAACCUCGAAGGCACUGCAACGUGGCACAGUCCUAGGGUUUAUCAGAAGCAAAAGACUCUUCAGUCGAAGCGAAUCCUCGCAUUCAACUCGUUCGAGAAAAUGCCGACAUAUAAGAUUGGGGGAAUCGAUGUCGAUUUCCCUUACGAGGCUUACGAUUGCCAGAUCACUUACAUGGAAAAAGUCAUUCAGUCCCUUCAAAAUAGAUGUAAUGCAUUGCUUGAGAGCCCAACUGGGACAGGAAAGACCCUGUGUCUUCUUUGUGCCACAUUGGCUUGGAGGAAGAGUUUGGGGGGUUUCUCAGUCCGGAAGAGUGGAAUAAGAGACCGUAUUGCCAGUAGCCAGCAGUCAGAUGAGUCUUCUCAAUUUGAAUCCUCAGCAUUACCAAAUAUUGUAUAUGCAUCACGCACACACAGCCAAAUUCGACAAGUGGUGAAAGAGUUAAAGAGGACCAAUUAUAGGCCAAAAAUGGUAGUCUUAGGAUCUCGGGAACAACUGUGCAUUCAUGAAGAAGUGAGUCUUCUGCGCGGAAAAACACAGACAAAUGCUUGCCAUGCACUUUGCAAAAAGCGCAAAAAACGUUAUUGUGGCCACUUUUCUCGCGUUGCAGAGUUCAUGAAGACUAAUCCCAGUCUAGGAGAGGAGCCUAUUGACAUAGAGGAUUUGGUCAACAUAGGAAGAAGCAGUGGCCCGUGCCCUUAUUAUGUAUCACGAGAACUUCACAAGACUGUGGACAUAUUAUUUGCACCUUACAAUUAUCUUAUUCAUCGCGGAUACAGAAAAUCUUUGAACAUUCAGUGGACAAACAGUAUACUUAUAUUUGAUGAAGCUCAUAACUUGGAAAGCUUGUGUGCUGAUGCAGCCUCUUUUGACCUUUCUUCUGGCCUUCUGACAGCUUGCAUUUCUGAAGCUAAAACUUGUAUAGACCUUUCGAUAGCAAGGAGGGAGAACUCAAGUGACAAAUCAUGUAAUCCAGAUAACUUCGCUAUUCUCAAAGCACUUCUUUUGAAGCUUGAGAAAAAAAUUGCUGAAGUGUCCAUUGAUUCAAAAGAGUUGGGUUUCACGAAGCCUGGGCCAUACAUUUAUGAGUUUCUUGCUGAUCUAAAUAUCACACAGAAAACUGCCAACAUGCUCAUUGAUAUAAUUGAGGAAGCAACUGUACUUCUUGAAGAAGAUGCAAACACUACCGAAGAUGGAAAAACAAACAAGUCAAAAAGCACAGUCUGCAGAUUGGAAAGCAUGGGUGACAUUCUACAAAUGAUUUUCAGGAAUGAUGGAAACCCUCAUGCCCAAUACUAUCGUGUUCAUGUUCAGGAAGUUCAAGGAGGUGGCAUAGAUUCCCUUAAAGCAGGAAAGGCAUCUAGAACACUGAGCUGGUGGUGUUUCAAUCCAGGUAUUGCAAUGGAGCAGUUCUCCAAAUUAGGUGUUGGAUCUAUCAUUUUGACUUCUGGCACAUUAUCUCCGAUGGAUUCAUUUGCUGAGGAAUUGAAGUUAGAUUUUCCAGUUCGUUUAGAGAACCCUCAUGUUAUAUCAGACAAUCAGAUAUGGGCUGGUGUUGUACCCGUGGGCCCUUCUGGUUAUACAUUCAACUCAUCAUAUAGGACUCGUGAUUCUAUUGAAUACAAGCAAGAGCUUGGGAAUGCCAUUGUCAAUUUCGCUCGUGCUGUACCAGAUGGACUUCUUGUAUUUUUUCCUUCAUAUUACCUUUUGGAGCAAUGCAUUGGCUGCUGGAAAACUUCGGGGCAUUCAAACUCAAUGGAUUCGAGCACAAUAUGGGAAAGGAUAUGCAAAUACAAGCUGCCUGUCGUGGAACCAAGACAAUCUUCUCUUUUUCCAAUGGCAAUUGAAGAUUAUAUGACCAAGUUGAAGGACAAAACAGCAUCUGGGGCUGUGUUUUUUGCAGUCUGUCGGGGAAAAGUGAGUGAGGGAUUGGAUUUUGCUGACCAUGCUGGUAGAGCUGUUGUGAUCACCGGCAUCCCCUUUGCCACAAGGAGUGAUCCUAAGGUUCGUUUGAAACGUGAAUUCCUGGAUCAACAGAUGAACUUGCAAUCAACUGGAUCUAAGGUCCUAACAGGAGAAGACUGGUAUACUCAACAAGCAUCGAGGGCUGUAAAUCAGGCUGUGGGCCGUGUUAUUCGUCAUAGACAUGAUUUUGGAGCAAUAAUUUUUUGUGAUGAAAGAUUCACAUACUCCAACCGUCAGUCACAAGUAUCACGUUGGAUACAACCCCAUAUCAAGUGUCAUUCCAAAUUUGGGGAAGUAGUUUUUUCAUUGACGCGCUUUUUUCGUGAUGGAAGAAUUCGUGGCCCUACAAAACUAGAAUUGAUGCAACCAGAUGACAAGGAAAUAGUAAAGAGACUAGGAAGCUCUCAACCUAAACUUCACUUUGAAAAGCUUUUUACCUCUCUGGACUCAUCAGUGGAUUUUCCUUGCUCUACUAAUCAAUUAUCUUCCUCAGUUAAGCAAGGGAACAGCCCUGGCAGUCUGGAAGACAUACUUCCUGCUAAUAAGUCAUCUCUUAGGUCUGAUAAGCUAGUUAAGAAUCUGGCUGUAAAACAUGCAAGUAAUUUGUUGGUCUCUGGACGAAAAGAAAUGCUAAUUAGCAAACAGAAAAUAAUUGACUUGACGAAACAUGAAUUGCCUGAUGAACAACCAAAAGAUGUUAUUGCACCUUGUUCUCUGAAGAGGCCUCGGCUAACAUUAACAGGACCUGAUUGUCAAAGAGAUCAUUCUCGAAAGUCUCAUGAUAGUCCUGACCGUUCCUCAGUUGCCCAUCACCUGCUGUCAGAAAGUGGCUCUAGCUAUAUAUUGAAGAAUAAGAAGUCACAGUACUCUGAGGAACGAAGUCAACAAAACAUUAAAUUAGAUAGAGCAGACCUGCUUGAAAAUGAGAUGACAUCACGAAAGACUGCAGGUUUAGUUGACCUGCAAAAUGAAGAUGGCGUUGAUAGCUCUGUGCCUUGCAAUAAUGAGGAGAAGAAAGGAUCAGUUUUUCUUGUUCAGGUCCGAGAAAAGCUUACUGAUACAGAAUACCUUGAAUUCGUGGGGUAUAUGAAGUCGCUCAAGUCUAAAGCAAUGAAGAUAGGCCAAGUUCUUCAAUCCAUUGCCAGAUUAUUUUCUCUCCCUGAUAGAAUACCUCUCCUUCACAGAUUCAAGGAUUAUGUUCCUGCGAAGUACCAUUCUUUGUAUGAUCAAUAUUUAAAAAGAAAUCUUGAAGUAGCUGGCGUAUGAGUCAUCCUACUUAAGUCUAUAAGUCUUCCUUGAGAAAAAUCCCUACUUGCCGCACCUAGGAAUGCACACAGCCACAAAGUCAGUCAGUGAACAGUAUGUUCAUGCUGCCGACUAGGCGUAGGAAAAAAAGCGAAGCUAUGCUUGUGAAGGGUUUUGUGAUAUCAUACUACAAGGAAAAACACCACCUCCCCUGCCAUUUCUCUUGAGGGGAGCUUUGUCAUGGGCCGCCGGGCCUUUGACAAUGUGGUUCAAGCAGUGUACAGAAUCUUAAUUUGGAAUGCCCUAUAGUUGUUGGGAGUUUACAUCACGAACUGAGCAACAAGGCUUAUAGUUUAGUGGUAUUGAUGAGAGUGUCCACACAAUUUGUAUGGGUUGGAUUCUCAUUGUCCUCCUUUCAAUGUAAUGUAAGUUUCUUAAAGAAAAAAUUGCGAACUGCUGUACCCUCCAUAGGCACCUGAUUUGGAGGUCACUUAAUCUUCAAGAGGCGUUGUGUAGAGUCCAAGUGGCAAGUUAUUAUUUAUUUGACCCGUCCUUUUUUUCGACGGACGGGGAAUUUCAACCUUUCAAAUGUUCAUAUCCCCCUUUUGCUUUUCGUAUUUACGGGACUGGACUGACUAUAUUUUUGGAAAGUGCAUAGACAAGUUGCUCACGAA